AUGUAUAUAAUUUCAGUUGCAGGGAUUGUAAGUGCACAACUGCCUUUCCCUAUCUAUGGAAUCGGAGGCAUCGGGAAUUUAGGCUAUGCAGGAGGAGCCGGCGCUUUCACUCAAGGUUUCGGACCAUUCCUAGGAUUUUCCCCUUACAACGGAAUAAGGCAUACACUACCAUUACCAGUUUCUGUCACAGAAACAGCCGGAACAACCCAUACAGUGGCCCAUACGUCAGCGGGAGCUGCACCACAUCAUUCUGCUUCACACGUCAGUAAAGCUGUCACUGUGGCUCAUCACAUUCCCACUACACAUGUCACUACCGUUCAGCAUCCAGUACCGGCGGUAACUACCCACGAGCAACAUGUAAAUUAUGGUCCAGCUUUCGCUGGAGUAGAGCCUUACUCACCAUUCUUCUAUGGACCUGGAUUUUCACCGUUCGGCCCCCAAUAUACGACGAGCUUUUUUAAACAUCACACAAUACCAACCGCCAGUCAUUCAACAGUCGUAAAAUCUACGAGUCAAACCAGCGGCUCUUCCGGUUCUUCGUCGGUCAAUGUUGCACAACCCAACACAAUCUAUUCUUACCAGAACUACAAACCUGUUGCGAGCGUAGUGACGAAAACGCAACACUUUCCUGUUGAAUAUCCUUACAACCUACCCAAUAUAGCUACAACUAGACAUCAUCAGACAAUAUCACAUGUGGGUCCGAGCUUCGGAGUUGCCCAUUUCCCCUCUGCGUUUCACGGCAUCUUGCCCACAAGCACAACUAAGUAUCAUCAAACUACUGCAUUCCCCGGUUUAGGCUAUGGUUACGGCCCCUUCCCUGGCACCUUAAAUUCUCCAUUUGGAGCAUCUGGGAUUCCGUUCCCUUAUGUGAAUGCAGGGUUUCCCGGUGGAGCGCUGAGUUCGUCAGCUGUUCAUACAGUUCAUCAUCCAGGCGCUUUUACAGCGGCCCUGCAUCCAAGCGCUUUCCAGAACUACAACGUUGACACUUCAAAUCCAUUCUAUUUUUAUUCAGUGCCCAGUUCACCUGGAAAGAUUACUAAGAAAACAUCACAAAAGUCUUCUUCGAGCAAUAAAAAUUAG